AUGUUUGCUGCACGUCAGGAGUUCGAGUGGAUUCGCAUGUUCUGGUUGCAAGGGGAGAGCCAUGCGCAGUCUCAUGAGCGGUACUGGCUGGGAUGCAUUCAGACCCUCACACAUCUGUGGGAGCUCAGUGAGGCUAUGCUGUCACACAUUGUGACAGUACUGGGUGCCGAUGUGGCGUCAGAGGCUGGUGGGGCGCGUGUGUGUGUGAGCAAGGACGUACGCACGUAUGCGAUGACGAUCUACAUUCUCAGAGAGAUCAGGUUUAGGCGACGUGAGUAUGCCAAACGCUGCAAAAGCCAGGCGUAUCACUUCCUGGAGGCGAGGAAUAAACCAGUUGAAAAUAAGCUGAAAUACAAUAUCCCGCUCGACCGUGCUGGUCUGGAGGCGUACAAGCACCUGGACCUACCCCAAGGAGUGAGUUUGUUUAGCCACACUCAAGCAUGCAGAAAGGGGGCUCGCACAUGCGCCUUUACACUGCCGAAGGAUUUAUCGCCGACGAUUGAAGCUAUAGAGGAGCAGAAGAAGGCGAUUUUCGGCAAGGUUUAGUUUCGAAAAGUUAUCGCGAACUUUAUACCCAUUGUACGAUUAUAUCAAUUAAAGGUAAUAUGUUUGUGCA